GUCAGAAGAAAUUACCGCUUUCGGCGGCUAGUAGGAAUGCUCAUGAUACUCAAGUCUAAUCAAUAAUUCAUAUUGUAUAUAUAACCCAAAUUGACAUAUAGUGUGAUCAAACAAUGUGCGAUGAGGAUGAAACGAGUACACCUGCUACGAUCAGAGUGAUCACUAUCAGGUCGAACAGGCAAAAUACACGUACGUUUCUCUAUAUUACUCCCUAAUAUCCAUGUAAUAAUCCUUAUUAAUAAUCUUAACUUGAAGUGAUAUUCGUAAACACUGAUGGUUAAUACUCUAUACAAUUGAUUAAAUAAUGUUAGUGGAAUAUUUUCAAAUUAGCUGGCAGAAGAGGCAGCGAAGACAGGACUUCAUGUGAACCUAGAGAAAACGGAGGUGAUGAAGACACCUAACUAACAACAACAAGCAUUGAUGGGAGAAAUCUCAAGAAACUGACACCUUUCAUUUAUCUAGGCGGCAUCGUUUGAUCUGCACGCGACAUGGAUGAGGAUGUCAGAGCCAGCCAGCAUUGGAAAGGGUCAGAGAUUUAACCUGCCACCAAAAAGCAUUUCGAACAGACUUCAGACCGUCAUCAUAACAGCUGCUUUCGUUAGAUCCUGAAGAUAAGGUGGCCAGAAAGAACUCUAGCAAAUCAACCAACCAAGAGGCUAUGGCUCAACAAAUAUGCAAGAGAAAAUGGAGGUGAAUUGGAAAAUACACUGAGGAAACUAUUGAGCGAGCAGUGUCACGCGCUACGCCCUUGAUAGGGACCUAAAUGGGAAACGACAAGUUGGUCCUUGAAGGGUGAUGUUUAGGGGAUCGUUUGACAAGGAAAUGAAAGCAAAUAGGGAAUCGUCGGGCCAGCUAUAAAAGACUGCAGAGAAGAGGUUGAAAUGGAGAUAUGCUAUUGAAACCCUAUGUUUCAUUCGCAACCCAAAGGAAUAAUAGUAAUAAUCAAGUGUUUUUAAAAGUUUUAUAGUAGGAUUCUCAUUGAGGACUAUCACAGUGUACUUUGGGAUUAAUCAAUGAAUGGAUAAAUCAGUUUUAUGUUAUCUCUAAAUUUUGUUAUCCUAUGUUGUUCCUGCGUAUUUGAUAUGUUACUGAUUGUCCAAUGAUGUCUGCGUACUAACAUAAGUCCAAAUUUUAAUAAGAAAACACUUUUUGAUUACGAUACAAAUAUAUAGAUUUGACAAAUUUCCAGUCACUUCAAUAAUGAAACACAAAUAGAUUACAAUACUCUAGAGAUAAUUUAUAAAUGUUGAUGUCAGUGUCUACUGUUUCUUUGAAGGCGUACACUAUCUAACCAUAUGAACGACAUCAGAACAGUUUAUGAUUAGAAGUUUAUGAAGAUCAUUGGCUAUAAUCUGUGCAACAGGACUUAUUAUUAUGUUGAAUCAGUUGAUCAUCUAAACAAUUACAAUUACAACUUUUCGCUCUAUAAUGAGAAUGCUAGGAAUCAGUUACCUUGAAUAGAUAGAUAUCUCAUGUACCAGGCCGUGAGCCAUACUUAAGCUUAUGAUACCACCCAGUUGCCAAGGAUAAAGUAGAUAGAACAGGAUUAAGAGCCGGGAACACAUUAGCUAAACACCAAAUGCUUCAGCUAUUGAACCGCAUCUUCAUGCCACUAGGAAUAAUUUUGCUACAACAAAACCACAUAUAUGAUAAAGUAUGUGUUGUAUAUGUAAACAUACGAAAGUAUUUAGUUCAUUUCAAAGAUAUUUUGCGAGAAAUAAAAAUGCAACUAUGUACACCUAAAUUUAGGUUUUUUCCCCUUUCUUUCAAUUAACUGUAGGUCUAAUUUGUGGAGGGGUGGCACUUGAAUUGUAACUAGUUGAUCCCGAAUUCGAAUCCCACUCCAUCUACUGCAACCAGAUCACCUGAAUUGUAUAAUUAUUCCUCAGGCAUGAAGUGUGGUUCACAGUGUAAUACAUAAGAAAUCUGUUAAGGGUAGUUGGGUUUAAUUUCUGCCAUAAACAUUAAAAUAUGGUGAAGUGAACAAAAAGUUUAUUUGGGGGUGGGUGGGUUCAAAGCCUCUAGAAUGAUAUGGUUAAUAAAAAACGGUAUACGUUCGAUCACUUCAGAAAAUAUUUUUGAAUACUACCAAUCAUUAUUAAAGGCAUUCAGUAAAGAAAUUAUCCAUUUGUUGUUAUGUUCUCGUUUAAAAUUUGUAUAUUUUCCUUUUUAUAUUUUUCUAUCUGCUCAUGUGAAAUUCGGCUUUUUUGGAUAUAUUACAUGUACUUCCAAUACGAUGUGGCCUAACAUCUUUUACCCCUUUUAUUAUCAAGCUACGAGUCCAUCAGCAGUCAGUAACAGUGGUGAUAAUACUCCGUGUCGAGAUUCUGAUCCGGAAUCUCCUUACGAUGAUGACUCAUAUGUCAGUGUGAAAAUUGAAAAAUUUCUUGGUUCUUCCAUAUCUGUCGGUGAACUAAUAGAUCAGACAAGUUAUUUACAACAGUAUCCUAGUUGGCUCGGAUUUUGUGGUCCAGAAAAUAAAAAGAAAUUUGCUCCAACUUAUAUUAAUCGAAAUGAUAAUAUCUGGGAACUGGUAUUCUCUGAACGUGGUUAUGUAGAUAUGUUACUGAUUGUCAGAGAUCUAUACAUGAUACCAUUUCCAAAAAUUGAUGCACAUUCAAUUAAUGGCUUAUCUACUGAUUCUGUACUCGGCAAUUCAUCAGAUUUAUGUACAGCUUUGUUCCCGUGUAUCAAUGAGUUGGUUAAAUCGCAUGAGAAAAUUUUUCGUGUUCUUGCCGGUCUACAUGUGGAACGUGAAGAUCAUGUUGUGUCUUCCUUAGGAGCCUAUUUGGUGAAGUUAUUUGAUGCAGAUAGUCUUUCAUCUUUAUCUCAAUUAUAUGGUCAAUUUUUAUUUGCUCAAAAACGUAUACGUCAACGUUUACAAUUGUGUAAAAGUCAUCCACAGAUUGCAUCAUUUUUUCAGCAAGUGAAACAGAAUCCUCGAAGUUCACGUAAAUCCCUGGAAGAUUGUUAUAUGGUCAUUGUACAGCGUUGGACUAAAGUAGAAACACUACUUGAGUCAAUUAUACGAAAUACACUGAAUGAUGAUAAAGAAGUGGCUAAUUUAGAAAUUUCACGUAAUGCUGUCAAAUCAUUAAUUAAAGCAGCUGAAUCUAUUCUCACGGAAUUUGAACAUGCAGAGAAGUUGAGUGAAAUUGCCAAUCGUCUAGAAGUACCCACAUCAAUGAUGACAAUUAUAACAUCAUCUGCGAAUAGUAGUCAUACAACCUCCUCUGCUUCUUCUUCUUCCUCCUCGUCAUCAUCACCUGAAAUUCAACUGCUAAAUGAAUUGAAAUCACCUAAUACAAAAUUGAUUAAUCAUGGGCCAUUAUUUGCUAUUCCAAUGGUUGCUGGUGGUGGACAACAGUCCACUGCAUCCUAUGAAGUUGAAGGUGUAGCGUUGGAAAAUUGCUUUUUCAUGCUUCGGAAAGUACCAGACUCGAACCGGUAUCAGUUAUUUCGUGGUACAGAAAUGCCUCCCAUUCUUUGGUGGGGUAAAGUGUAUGGAUAUUUUAGAAAGUCUAUGGAAAAGGGCAGUUUUGGUUUCUACAUACUUUUGCAUUCUGCUACAGCCUUAACAUUAUUCCGUUGUGCAACUGUAGAUGAAUUAGCCAGAUGGGAAACUGUAUUCAAUGAUGGCUUUGCUCAAUGGCGUGAACAAGCAGAUACGUUUGAAAGUUUGUCUGAAGAAUUUUCUAAAGCUCGUGAUGAAAUCAGCGAAAAACAAAAGCGUACUGAAGGUAUUCUUGAACUGCUACAUCAGUUGAAUGAAAAUCGUCUUAAAUUUUGGCACAUUUGGGAGUUCGUUGCAUCCUCUUUAAUUACUGAGCGUUUAGCUGAAAUGAAUGUGGUUACAGCGAAUACCCUCUUGAACCAACAAAAACAACAGUCAGCGUUAUCAUUAACUCCUCAUUCUGCCAGUCGUCGAAGUACAAAAGCUGAUUUGCCUGCCUCUGCUACCACUAAUAAUACCACAUCAAAUAAUAAUAAUAACAACAGUAAUGCCGAAUAUGUAGUUACUAUGGAUACGCUCAAACUGAACACGUUUAUUUCAAAUCUUGAUGCUUAUAAUGAAUUAGAUCAACUGUUUCAUUUACUUCAUGAAUAUUAUCAUCGUUUGUCUUUCGCCCUUCUCAGUGGUCCGUCUUCCAAUUUAUCCCGAAGUGCCUCAGAUGUUGAUGGAAGUAAACGUCCUCCAGCAAAUCCAGUUAAAAAACACGAAACAUUUAGUGCACAUGAUAAUGUGCCUGUAUCUACUGAAUUAAGGUCUUCAAUUGAUGUUGGCCAUAUGAAGUCGAAAAAAAGAGAUGUUCAUCGACUUAGCGCCACUAUGGCCAGUAUAUUUCGUACUCCUAGUCGAGAUAAAAAUUUGUCCUCAACAAACCAAUCAUCUACUGAUCAUACAUCGAAUGGAACUUGUACAAAUACACCAGGAGGAGGGCUUAAAAGUAUUAAACAACGUCAACCUGGGUCAACUACACCAUCACAAUCAAAUGGUCCACCUCUUCCUCCGCGUCCAUCAUUCGCAGUACUAAGUAAUUUAAAUCUAACCGGAGUUGGCGAACAACUUUCACCAACGAAUCAGUGUUCAUUCAAUACAGACUCGUUAACAGAUGGAACAAAUUCAUUAGCAUUAAGUCAACCGUGUGCUGAAGCAUUAGUAUUACUUGGUGAAUUGAACAGAAUUGGUGAAGCACUUUUUCCACAAGUACAAUUGUUACGUACUGAAAAUGUAGAAUUACGUGCAACUCUUGCUAAACUGGAAGCUGAACGAUCGAAUUGGGAACAUUUUCGUAGUCGAGAUAAUCAAGUACUUAUGCGUUCUACACUUGGUGGUGGUGGUGCAUCAUCAUCGUCACAGGGGAGUGGAACUCACCCAGAUGGUAAUACUGGAGGUAGCAGUGGAGUUUAUCUAAUUGACAAUAGUACAGUUAAACAAGAAACAGAAAAAUUACGUCAAGAUUACGAAAAUUUUACACGUAAAUGUCAUGAAUGGGAGAAAGAAUAUCAGAAACAACGAUCUGCUAUCGAAAGAGAACACAAUAAAAUAGCUAAAGAAAGGCAAUUGAUAGAAAAUGAACGUGCUGAUUUGGAACGACGUCAUCAUCAGUAUGAAGAGUUGCGUAGUACAUUGCAGACACAACUAAAUAUGUACAAAAAAUUGGGAUUCAAACUAACGCCUAUGAAUAAUCCAGAACUGGAGGCUUUGGCCAAUUUGGAGUCAGAUAUGAAUAAUGAUGGUGUAAAUGGUUUCCAAUUGAAUCGUAGUAGCUCCUCUGUAAUUACCAAUUCAUUUGACGAUUAUUUAAAUGAAUUAUCUGGAAAUACUGCUCACAAUUCUAGUGGUCGAGGAGGAGGCGGUGACUUGCCACAACCAAUACACUUCUAUUCAAAUAGUGACGAUAUAACCGCUUCUAGACGAAGUUCAAACACUUCCUUUAAUACGGGUCAGAAACGUGACUACGCGUAUUCACCAGGUACUGACAUAACCCCAAAACCAUCACUUGUACCGUCGCUUUCAACACGAAGUGAUCAUGUGCCUGAACAUCUACUUGGGAGUUUAGUAAAUCAGAAUAAUAUACGUGAACAGCCGAACAGUUCACGUUCAUCAGAUUACCGAUCAGAUUAUAAUCCCACGAAUUCCAAUGAUCGUCUGCUAAGUGGAUCAUCAUCAAUUGGUACUAGUAGCAAUAAUACAAGUGGUAAAUCUAUUUCUGGUUCUUCACUCUUUUCGGAUUCAAAUCCUCUUAUGAAAUUAGUUGAUCAUACAAAAGUAAAGUCAUCAAGUUCUCUUAGUAAACCAUUGAAAAAAUCUUAUCGGUCUAGAUCACGUCAACAAAAAGAUUCAUAAUGAAUUGAUAAUUGAAUGAAAGUAGAAAUUUUGUCUCCCUUGUCUUCUUCCUCUUCCGUUUUCUCCUUGUUCUUGAUUUCAUUUCAUCAUUUUUGAGUGUGUUUUUUCAUUGCCCAUCUGCUUUGUUUUGUAAUACCACUGCGCGCCUUCCAAUGUUAUCUGUCUUUUUUUCUUAAAUUUUUUUUGCCUCACUACUUAUUUCAGUAGUCUUGAUUUGCCUUCAUCUUCAAAUGUCAGAAGAUUGACAUCUGUCGUCAUUGUGGCUUUUAUUUCUAAUCCAAUGAGUGAUUAAUUGACAAUGAGAUGAUAUUUCCUGUAAACUGUUUCUAUUCACAUCCAUGUCUCUAUAAAUUCAUUUAACUAUUUCACUGCAUAUACUUUAUAUGUAUUCAUAUUUAUUUAUUAUUUAUUUAAUUAUUUAUAUAUUUACUCAUGCACAACCAGAUUAAAAUAUAUUUCUUGUUUAGAUAUAAUAUAUAAAAGCCACAAAAAGACAACCGACCAACCAACUAACCAGUAUGCAUUGUUUGUGUACAAUUCGAUUAUUUAUCUUAUCAUUUGACACCUCUACGCCGAUUCUCAAUAGGUAAUGUGCCUUCUUUCUCUGAAAUCAGUUUUCUAAGCACAUUAACGCACACACACACACAUACACCUUACAGACGUAUAUAUAAAUAUAUGCGCAUAUAUUGUGUACAUGCAGAUAUUCCUGAAAACCGCAGCACACAUAGGCCUACUCGUGUUUUGUUGUUGUUUUUUCUACUUUUUCAUGAAAAUUCAUUCAUCCCUCCCACAUAAUAUUUGGUGCAUAUUUUGCCGCUCAGGUUGUGGAUACUUUUCUGAUAGUUUCUGUUUUUUUUUAUUCUCCUCCUCUGAAAGCCUUGAUGAAAAUAUCUUUCCUUGUUUUUUUGUUCCUUGUCGGAGGACGGAAGGUCAUUCAACAUUCGUUUUGCAUGUCAUCUUUAUAAUCAUCAGUUGCAGACACUUUCUUUUUUUUCACUCAUGAGGAGUAUUCAUCCAAAAAACAGACAAAAAAAUUCACAAUUAAAAGUUUAAAGAAAAUAACACAAUAAUGACUAGAGUGUUUGUUUUUCAGCUUUGUUAAUAAAAACUUUCAAACUUUCAAUUGCAUCAUCGCCUUGUUUCUUUUUUAUAUUCUUGAUAAAUCGUAUUAUUGUCGUUUUUUAUGGUUGUUUAUUCAUCGGCGGCGUGUUCCUUUCAUCCUCUGUCUGUCUGUCUGUCUGUCUCUCUCUCUCUGAUCACUCAAUUAAGACUGUUGGUGUCUGUUCCAUAUAUUAAAGAUCAUUAGUAAUAGUAGUAGUAAUAAUAUCUGUGACUACUUGAUGAACAGCUUAUGAAAGAGUCUUACACACACACACACACACACACACACACACACACAACAUCUGCUACUUAUAUGCAUCAUUCUUCUUACUUAUCUCAUCAUUAUCGAUUCUUUUAUUCCUUAAAGAAUUAUCAUAUACAAUGAUUUUUGUUUUGUUUUGUGUUCACCUUUUAAUUAAGUCUUUAUGGUUUAAUUUAAAUCCAAAUAAGUAACUUCAAACUUAUCACAGUUAUUGUUCCUUUGAGUUCUGAAUGAAACAUAAGACUUCAUUCAAUAGUAGUACAUGUCCAUUUAACCCUUGAACGCACGUCUGAUUCGUCGUUUUUCAUUUGGAUUCCACUGUCUGACCUGACACAAAAUGAUUUCACUCAACGAACUCUUCAAAGUAUGUCCAAUUCACUUCCAUUUGCUCUUUAGGGAUAGGUUCUUAGUUGGUUCAUUGUUAGAGUUCCUCGUUGCUUAUCCUCCCUGACUAUCUCACCUUCAGCAUGGAAUGAAAGUAGAUGUUG